AUGCGAAUCAUUUGUCGUGCAUGCCGAUAUGCCAAGUGCAUUCAAAUGGGCAUGGAAAGACAAGCAGUCCAGCCACGCCGCGACGGCAGUAUUGGCCGUCGGAAGAUCUCUUACACAAAACGAGACUCUCCAGCAAAGCAAUGGCCCGCGGGUGGAUCGGUCGCUGCCGAAAUGCCUGCGCACUCUCCCGACACUCCUUCCUACUCGUCAUCAGUUUCCGAAGAUCACGAGCUGUUCCCACAUUCGCUCGGAUCGCUGCGGGAAACUGGAGAUGGUGUUUUGGGGAUGUUGUUGAGAGAAGAGCGACUGUACAACGAACGACGUAGUAUUCUCUACUGUGUGAAGAGCAGUAUAUCAGAAAUACUCUCAGCUGGUGAGGUCGACGACAUUGUGAGUUGUCUGAUUGCAAUUGUAGCCUUAGGUGCCUGCUCAGAAUGCACUUUUUGCAGCCGUUCUCAUCACGAGAUCUCACCGAGCUCACCUUUUGCUGGAGUGCGAAAGGAUAUCCGAGCACAGAUCUUAGCUACCUAUGAAUGGAUGCGAGGAUGGAAUCACUUCAAGUGUUUGAGCACUUCCGAUAAGAAGACACUGCUUCGUCGAUGUACAUUGUUUCAUCCAAUCAUUGAUCCUUGCUAUCUGACGAUGAGGCUCGGAUUGCCUGACAGGUUUGUGAUGUUCAACGGAAUGUUCACUGGCAUAGCUGCUGAUUCAGAAGAGGGAUGGAGAGACGAAUCCUGCAUUUCGGCGGCUUUGAAGAAAGAGCUAUACCGUCCGCUUCUGGACCGUGUUUUGGCCGAUAUCGUUCGUCCAAUGCAGGCUAUCAACAUCUCCUUCGUCGAAUAUGUCAUCCUGAAGGCCCUCGUCACAUUCAAAAGCACUCGUGAUAAGUGCGAACAUUUCGUCAUCACUGAAGCAGAUGUCUCACGCACAAGAUCGAAUCUGCAUUCUUUCACAGCUACUAUUCUAACUCUACUACGCCUAGCUGGGGAUGAGGUGGGAAUGCAAUGUCUCGAAAGCCAUCAAGUGAUUCAGUUCUUCGAUUUGUGGAAACUCGACGACCUUUUGAUCAAACUAAUCAGCGAAUCCUUGCAGUCUUGA